CAGUAGGUAGUUCUAACUUUCGAGAGUUGAAACUUGAUUAAAUUUUUCUAGUUACACGAGAGAUUUUCUUUAUCUUUCGAGUUUCGAGUAUGGCUUGAUUAAAUUUUUUCGUUCAAACAUGAAAUUUUUCGGAAUUACUGUCAUUCUUUUGUUUUCAUUGAUGAGUUUCACAUCAAUAUGUGAAGCAAGUACCAAGAUUAAACCUGCCAAACCAGCAAAAACAACAUCUCCGAAAGCUCCAACUUCUCCAAAAGCUCCAAGAACAAGGAAGAGAACGACCACCCUAGAUCCCGAUAGCAUAACAACCACCACUUUGAGUCCUGAAGAAUGGAGGGAGCUGUAUCCAACUGUGAUGAGCAUCGAGAAAGUAGCGGCGCAAGCCUUAGAAACAUUCGCCAAGAAACAGCCGAUGAGUAGUUUUCAAGAAAAUUUCAAAGAAUUAAUCAACUUGGCUAGUCAAUUAACGAUGACGGAUGUGUUCUUGACUAAAGAUUACACAGUUCAAGCUGACCCGGAUAGCGUUACAAAUCCUGUCGGAUACAUGGAGGUAUUCCACGAUAAAUACGUAAUGAUCAAUGUAUUUGUUUUCAAACAGUUUUCAAAAAUGCCGCUACACGAUCAUCCUCUGAUGCACGGUGUUUUAAAAGUACUCUCCGGCAAGGUAAAAUUAACUAGUUAUUCUUUGGAAGAUCCUCAUUUCAUUCAGGAGAGAGAUUACAACAGCAGCUCUUACUCGCCCGCCAAUUAUUAUUAUAUUAACGAUUUCGUUACGAUGUACGAAACACUGGGUACUCCUGCGAUCGCCCACGAUCCUGUAAUUUUAUCCGAAAACGAUCCCGCCGUAUUUUUGACACCUUAUGAGCGAAAUAUCCAUAAAGUUGAAGCUGUCGAUGGUCCAGCUGCAUUCCUUGAUAUAUUAGCACCUCCUUAUUAUACUACUCAAGGAGCUUUGAAGCGUAAAUGCACCUAUUUCCACGUUAUGGAAAAUGCUCGCGGAACACCUUUGCUAUGCGUGAAUUAUUUCCCUGCAGCGUAUUACACUGUUGAUAUUCCUUUUACUGGGCCAAAUCUUAACGAAACCUUACCUGAUAUUAUGGCAACCUAUCACAAGACGAGAAAACCUAGAAUCAAAGAAUAAGGUAGUUUUAGUAUUUUGAUAAUCGUUUGUAAGCCUGUUUUUACCUGAUUAUGUCUUACUUUCUAUUCGUGAAUAUUGUAAAAUAUGUUUUUGUAUAAUUAUGUUCGACUGUGCAGUAAAGCUGUAAAUAUACUGUGUUGAUUAAAAAA